AACUCCGCCUGAUAGGUUUCAAAGCAUAAAAUUUGAUGCCUUCGCAUCCAGAGCAGAGCUUUUUAAGGCAGAAUCGAAAUAUUGGAAUGAGAUAAUAGGACAAUAUGUUGAUACUUUACGCUGGAAAGAGAUGAGAAUGAGAAAUGUUAUGGACAUGCGAGCUGGAUUUGGAGGGUUUGCAGCAGCAUUGAUUAGUCAGAAAUUUGACUGCUGGGUUAUGAAUGUUGUUCCUGUUAGUAGCACAAAUACCUUGCCAGUUAUCUACGACCGUGGAUUGAUGGGAGUUAUGCAUGACUGGUGUGAAGCAUUUGACACCUACCCAAGAACCUAUGAUUUUCUGCAUGCUGCCAACCUUCUUUCUGCAGAGCGCAAAAGAUGCAAUGUGUCAUCUAUUAUGCUUGAGAUGGACCGAAUACUAAGACCAGGAGGACGGGUAUACAUCCGCGAUUCUAUUGCCAUCAUGGAUGAAAUUCAAGACAUUGCCAAGGCAAUGGGGUGGCAAGUCACAUUGAGAGAUACAUCUGAGGGGCCUCAUGCUAGUUAUAGAGUAUUGGUGUGUGACAAGCACCUGCUACAUGCUUGAAACAAAAUGGGAAGGUAUGCAUAAACAUGAAAUGGAACACAUGUUUUGCUUUGAUCCUACAAAUAGUGGAAGUGAAGUCAUACAACAUGAAAUCCUGUUUGUCAUUUCAGAAAUAUAGGAAGAUUUUAAGUGGCUAGUAUCACUCACUUGUUACUUAAAGAGGUCAAAAAGUGAUGAGUGUUGGAAGCAUUUUUUUGGUUGAUACUAGGCAUGAGAUGCGCGAUCCCGAAAAGCUGGGUAAGUCAGGUGCAUCAUCUAACUUAGUUGUAACAUUCAAUUUAUUUGUAUAUUACAAAGCUAUUCCACAUAUAUUCAUUGUUGAUUAUUCCAAAUAGAACAAAUCAUCUAUGUACGAUUUUGAUACAUUUUUCCCAUUGAUUUAUAAGUAGUUUCCAAAUAAGGUAUA